AUGAAAGAUCUUGGAGUAUGCAGCGAAGGCGUUGAAGAGGCUAUUCGUUCUGAAGACUUCGAACAAGCUGCACAGCUUAUUCAUCGGUUUUUGACGUUGGAUAAAGCUGUGUUUCAACUCGGAGAAUCUUCAGACAAAGAAGCUGGACAGACUAUUCGACAUAGUUAUGAAGUUCUAUCCGCUGCUCGGACACGUCUAAAGGAGAUCCUCGAGAAAAGACUUGAUGAUGCCAUCGCAAGACACGAAAUCGCUGAAAUGCAACGGUACGUGAAGCUAUUUCCUCUCAUAAACGAACACGAAAGUGGACUGUCCCGCUUCGCGAUGUACUUUGGAGGUUUGAUUAGGAAACAAGGAGAAGAAAACAUCAAGAUAAUGAACUCUGGAGGUUCUGAUGACUCUCGUUUGAGUGUUCUCUAUGCGGAUACGCUCUUCUUAUUCCUAGAAAAUGUUGCUUCGCUCCUGGAAGUGAAUCAACCGUUGAUUGAGAAUGCGUAUGGAUCUGACAAGCUCUUGGAUUUCAUCAUCAUGCUUCAAAGAGAUAACGACCAUAUCAUUGAGAGUAUCCUGAACUCUUUCAACAAGAAGCGGCAGAUUGAUCGCUUCGCUCGCAGUGCUAGAAAGCUGUUGCGAGAGGGCAACAAGAAAAAUGAUAGAAUCAAUCCAUUGGAACUUGAUGCUCUACUUUCCGAGUUAUGCCUUAUGAACACUCAUGUUGAAAUGUAUUGGAGAUUCGUCAAACGUCGUCUUGGUGAGAAACCAGGAAACACCGAAGAUGAAUUUGUAAUGGUUGGAGAAGAUCAGGAUGUUGAUGAGAACACCAGAAGGAAGAUGGAACAAGACGCCAUCAUCAGAAAAGAAGAAAGACAGGCGAAAUUGGAUCAACUGUUGCACAGAAGUCUCGUUGGAACAAAGAUCCAAGAACUGUUAGGGCAGUAUAUUCUCCUGGAACAGUACUACAUGGAAGAGUCUGUGAGAAAAGCAAUUGAAAUAGAUGCUCGUGAGGAAGGCUACAUCAGCUCGGUUGUUGAAGAUGUCAUGUUCAUAGUGAGGAAGUGCGUGAGACGAGCUAUGACCAGUGGUUCUAUCGACUGUGUUUGUGCGGCUUUGAACAACGGCUGUGCACUUCUGGAAACAACCUACUUCGCGUAUUUGGAAGAUACCAUCAAGGCUGGUUACCCAUCCGGAGGUUUUGCUGCCGAAGCGUUCCAAACAGCACAAACAGCUUAUAACGUCAUCCAGCAUGGAAAAACGGUUGUUGAAGCCGGUCCUGAGGCACAACGGGAUGCUUUCAUCAUAGCCAUCAAUAACUCCAACCGUUCUGCAGAAUUGGUUCUACAGCUCAAAAGUGGCUUCGAGGCGGAUUGGUCUAAGAAAGAAAGAAACAGUGUUGAUGCUGGAAAACUGGAGCAUUCUUUGUCUCAAUUAGAUGAAGUCAAGAGAAAGAUGGCCAACUUGGCUCUUUCGGGUGUUUCGGUUCUCAGUGCGACUGCCUUCCGACCCAAAAUAAAAUCGAGCACUGAGGUGUAUAUGGACUUACCUCAUAUUCUGACCGAAGCUCAAUUCAGUGAGAAUGAAGGUGUUGAUCCUUUCGUCGAGAAUUUCAAUGCUUCAAUUGAUAAGCAACUGGCUUACUUUGAGCCAUUCUUGCAUAAAGAUAACUACCAAAAUUUACUGCUCGAAGUAUGUACAGAGAUUGCUCGACAGAUGGAGCGCGUGAUUCUCAAAUGUAAUUUCAAUAGAUUAGGAGGAUUACAACUCGAUAAAGAGUUCCGUCACUUGUCAGCUUAUCUGAGUGGAGUAGCCGGCUGGUCAGCGCGAGAGAAAACUGUUCGAUUAACUCAGAUCGUUUCUCUCUUGAACGUAGAGUCUGUGGAGGAAGCGAAGGAGCUCUUUGAAGCUGGUCGUGGAAGUAUAAUGGCUCGUUCACUCACUCCUGGGGAUGUUGAGAAAGUCCUUCUUCUGAGGGUCGACCUCUCUGCUGCCCAAAUCAAACAACUGAAUAUGUAA